AUGCCAUUCAAUGCACUCUUUGUCAAAUUCCAUUCUCUCCGCCAACUGCUCAACAAUGUCGAUUUCGAGCUCGCCAAGCAGGUCGUCCAGAACCUCUCCCAGCUCGCCGCCUUCGCCCUCCGCGAGCCAACGAUCAAACCACGCCGCAUUGCGAUUCUUGUCGUCGAUGACUUCAACCCUGCGCGGGUUGACGGCACCUCCACUGCGCUCAAGGCCGGAAUGGUGACCAUGUGGAUCGUCGAGCCAUGCUGGAGGCCUGUAUGCCCCACGGGCGAUGGCAGGAGCAAGGCCUACUCCGCGGACCACCACUACGGGGAUCAGCGAAGCGCUCUGUUCAACCCCAUCGUCGUCGCGAGCAGCGCGGCAAACGCCCGCACUGGGCACUGGGCGGGGGCAGGUAGUCUUGGCCCGGACCUCCUGCUCAUCGCGCGCCCCGACAUGAUGUCAAUCUCUCACGACUACGGCGUCUUCAUCGAGGACGAGGGCAUGAUCGCCCUCCGCGGGCUCUUUCUCAUCGACUCUAUGAGGGUAUCCUCAGCAAUCACGAUCAAUAACCUCCCAAUCAACCUCUCGGUCGAGGAGACGAUCCGGCUCGUGAAGGCGUUCCAGUUCACCCAGUGGAUGCGUCUCUCUUCCCCCGCGUUCCCCGUCGCCGCUCCCGCUGACCUCUCCUUCAGCCUCGCGAGUCCCCCUUCCCCUUCCCCGUUUGCGACGCAGCCGCAGGAAGAGCAUGGUGGGAAGUGA